AUGGCCCUGUCGCCGCUCACGGGUCUGUCCGUGAUGAGUCUGCUCAGUGUGGGCUACCUGUCCUGGGACUGGACGAGCCCCAACCAGGUUGAGAACGAGCCCGGGGCCGCCGUGCCCGGACACCGAGCCCCUCACAUCAUCUUCAUCAUGACGGACGACCUGGGCUUCAACGACAUCGGCUACCACAACCCAGACAUCCGCACACCCACGCUGGACAAGCUGGCCGCCGAGGGGGUCAAGCUGGAGAAUUACUACGUGCAGCCCAUCUGCACCCCGUCCCGCAGUCAGCUGCUCACGGGCAGGUAUCAGAUUCACACUGGCCUCCAGCAUUCCAUCAUCCGGCCCCGUCAGCCUAACUGCCUGCCUUUUGACCUGGUCACUCUGCCGCAGCGCCUCCAGGAAGCUGGCUACUCUACCCACAUGGUGGGAAAAUGGCAUCUGGGCUUUUACAAGCGGGACUGCGUCCCCACUCGCCGGGGCUUCCACACCUACUUUGGCUCUCUGACGGGGAGCGUGGACUACUACACUUAUGACUCCUGCGACGGCCCGGGCAUGUGCGGGUAUGAUCUCCACGAAGGGGAGGCAGUGGCGUGGGGACAUAGGGGUAAAUAUUCCACUCACCUUUACACCCGUAGAGUACGCAAGAUCCUAGCAUCGCACGACCCGUCAGCACGGCCUCUCUUUAUUUUCCUGUCCUUCCAGGCUGUGCACACUCCUUUGCAGUCUCCCAAGGAGUACAUCUACCCUUACCGUGGAAUGGGGAACGUUCUGCGCCGCAAAUAUGCCGGCAUGGUAUCGGCUGUAGAUGAGGCAGUGCGGAAUGUGACUUAUGCACUAAGGAAGUACGGCUACUAUCGCAACAGUGUAAUCAUCUUCUCCACAGAUAACGGAGGCCAGCCACUCUUUGGCGGGAGCAACUGGCCUCUCAGAGGCAGGAAAGGGACAUAUUGGGAAGGAGGUGUCCGUGGAGUGGGCUUUGUCCACAGUCCACUUCUGAGGCAACGAAGGAAGGUCAGCAAGGCGCUGGUCCACAUCACCGACUGGUACCCGACACUGGUUGGCCUGGCAGGGGGCAAUGUGUCUUGGACCCAGGGGCUGGACGGAUACAACAUGUGGGAGACUAUCAGUGAGGGCAAGGAGUCUCCCCGCCUUGAGAUCUUGCACAACAUUGACCCGCUCUACGUCCAGGCACGGCACGGCUCCCUCCGGGCUGGGUUCGGCAUCUGGAACACAGCCGUGCAGGCGUCAGUUCGGGUGGGAGACUGGAAGCUUUUGACCGGGGAGCCGGGAUAUGGGGACUGGACUCCUCCACAGAUGCUGGGAAACUUUCCAGGAGGCUGGUGGGACUUGGAGCGCCACACAGAGCCGCGCAAAUCCGUGUGGCUAUUCAAUGUUAGCGGAGAUCCGUACGAGCGGUACGACGUGGCGGAGAAAAGGCCGGACGUGGUGAAGCAGCUGCUGGCCAGGCUGGCCUUUUAUAACCGCACAGCUGUGCCCGUGCGCUACCCGGCCGAAGACCCCAGGGCUGAUCCCAGCCUGAAUGGGGGCGCCUGGAGGCCUUGGGCUGGGGAUGAGGAAGCAGACUGCUGGAACCGAGUUUAUCCCAGGAGGAACAAAGACAAGAAGGACAAGAAGAAGAAGUUCAGCAAAAUGAGGUCAUUUUUUAGGAAACUGAACACAAGGAUGAUGUCCAAUAGAAUAUGA